AUGACAAGUUACAGCAACGGGGGAUUCUUCAACCAUGCCUACCAUGACAGCGAGACUCUGGAAAUUGAUAGAAGGUCUUCCGCCAAAACCCACCACACUAACCCCUAUGCCGGGGAAGACCCGGCCUGGUGGGGUGACAGGGCAGACAUGCAUUCGACCGGUCUGGGGGGCAGGGAUGAUGCUUUAGGGAGGGUGCCCUGGAGGGGCUGGCAGGAGGAGAGCUGGAGAGGGAGGGAGAGUAUCCCCAUGGGCCUUAUCUCAACAGGCCCCGAGAGUCCUUCAUGGCAGCAUGACCUCAAUCACAGCACGUUCCAAAUGCCCCCUCAGCAUGGUCGAUCGCCUUCUGUUCGACUUCCUUCCUCAGCGUCAGGUAACACAAUGAGGUGGAGGGGAAUUACAAUGAAAAGGAUGAGCAUGUUCCCCAGCGACGACCCUACCCAUCUAGCUUUCACAGAGGAUGCCAUCAGGGAUGAGAUGGAGAGUGAGGAACAGAACCUGGUCAAGGAACUCGUCGCCCUGUCGACACAAGACCGAGUCCGGGCCAUUCGGGACCUUCCGAUGAGCUUCGAAGAGAAGAAGCUUAUCAGGGGCCAAGUACUGGCAUUCAAGUCUGCUACCCAGUCUCGCCAGUUCACAUGUUUUGCAGAUUGCUCUGAGAACAUGUCACUGUCCUUCCGCAGGUGCGGCUACUCCAUAGGGUCAGCCAGGCAGACCCUGGAGCUGUGGCAAGGCGUCAUGAAAGAGAUAGGCGGCAAGUUUGGCACCAGUGUCCUCACCUACUUCCUGUUCCUCAAGUGGCUGCUCAUGUUCAACAUUUUCUCCUUCCUGGUCAACUUCGGCUUCAUCACCAUCCCGCAGCUCGUUCACGACCCCACACCCAACAUACCUCCCAAUGUGAGCUUCAGGGGGCUGGAGAUCCUCACUGGAGCUGGUUACUUCAACUCCACCGUCAUGUACUAUGGUGGCUACAGCAAUGAAACCCUGGUGGGUCUGGUGGAGUACAACAUGCAGCUGGCCUAUUUCUUCACCAUUGCACUCUACAUGGUGCUGUGUGGUAUUGCACUCAUAUUCAGCAUGGCCAACUCUUUUAAGAAAAACUAUGUCCUGGCAGACCAAGUUUCAAACAGUGCAUGGCAGCUCUUGUGCAGCUGGGAUUUUAGUAUUACCAAUGAGAGAGCAGUGAGACAGCGUAAGAACAACCUACGAGUCCAACUGAAGGAGUCGUUGUCAGAGAAGGCCCAGAGGGAGCUGCUAACCCUCUCUGAAAAGCUGAAGCACUUUGGGGUUCAUCUUGGUUCCUGGCUCCUCUCCACCAGCUUGGCUGUUGGCUGUGGCGCCAGCAUCUAUUAUCUCUGCCAAUAUGAACAGCAGAACACAACAGAUGCUGCCAACUGGUCUCUGCUCCAGGAGGCGCAGACUCUCCUGGUCCCCUUCGUGGUGUCUCUAAUGAACCUGGUGGUCCCGCUCUUCUACUCCCUCUUCAACAAGUUUGAGCGCUACUCCAGCCAGCGCAGACAGAUCUACACUAUGGUAGUCAGAAAUGUGUUACUCAAGAUGUCCAUUCUGGCUGUCCUGUGUUACUACUGGAUGAAUGUGGUGGCUGAGAAGUUUUCGUGCUGGGAGUCCAUGGUGGGACAGGCUUUGUACCGGCUGGUCAUUGUUGAUUUCCUUUUUCUGAUGCUGGGGUCUUUCUUUGGAGAGUUUCUUAGCAACGUGAUUGGGACGAGGUUAUUUCCACGUCUGGGGGUGCCAGAGUUUGACGUAGCCAGAAAUGUCCUUGAGCUCAUCUAUGCACAGACUCUGGCCUGGGUUGGAAUCUACUUCGCUCCUCUGCUGCCAGCCAUCCAGAUUCUCAAGUUUUUCAUCUUGUUUUACUUAAAGAAGGUCAGCCUGACCCAGAACUGCCAGCCACCGCGGCGGUCAGGCAGAGCAGCUCAGAUGCAAACCAUCUUCAUCGCCCUCCUCUUCUUCCCUUUCUUUGUGGGAGCCCUGUCCAUGGUUGCAUACACUGCCUGGAGCCUGACUCCCUCACAGCAGUGCGGUCCUUUUCGGACACUCAACAAUACCUUCAGUGUGGUCGGAGUCUGGAUAGAUGGUCUGGAGGAGAUCCCUGGUUCUCAGUGGGUCAUCUGGAUCUUCGAAAAUGUCAUCAGAAGUGACAUCUUCUACUUUUUUAUCACGCUCAUCAUCAUAGUCAUUAUAUACAUCUUCUGGCAAGUCACUCAGGGCCGCAAGCAGCUUAUUGCUCAACUGAGACAACAGAUUGUCAAUGAGGGGAAAGACAAGUCCUUUUUGUUGGACAAGCUCCAGAACCUCCAGAAAUCUAACAAAACAAGCAAACAGAAGAAUCAAAAAAAGUACACCAACCGGCGUUCAGGUGACCACUCCUCGGGCGGGCAGUCCAACUCCAACGCCAUGGUACAAGCUUUAAUCGCUCGCCAGCGGCUUGAAGAAGAGGAGGAGAGAUACAGCGCGGGUGGAGUGCCCGUUCCCUCAGACAUCACCACCUCCAGCGCUCUGGUUCAGGCCAUGUUGGCCCGCCAGAGAGCUGAAGACCAGGAUGAAGAUUUGUACCACAUGGAUGACCCUUCACCCUCCAGCGCCCUCGCACUGGCCAUGCAAGCCAGGCAGGUGGCGCAGGUUCGCGACAGGGGUGACAACUAUAGUACAGGAGGUUUCUCUGAAAACCCUGUCAACACACCGAGCGCUGUCACACUGGCGAUGCAAGCCAGGCAGAGAGCAGAGGAACCUCCACAGAACCCCAGCGCUCUCAUACAGGCCAUGUUGGCCCGGCAGCAGGCCCAGAAUGAGUACGAUGACGGUUACUAAACUUCAUCUUAACGUGGGAGAGGAACAGAACUGAAAAGACCAACAGAAUGGAUUCCUUUAAGAUUACUGCAAUCACACUUAAAUCAGGUAACCAUUUCUGUUGUCACCCAGAGACGAAUCAGCAGCAGUAGCAAUGGGAUGAUUGUUUUUUUACUUUUAGAACUGCAGUACAUUCAGUCCUGUUGUAUAUGCAAAAGAACAAAGUACUAAAAUAGCUCCUGACGCAGGACUAGGAGAGAGUGCCGGUCCACCUCUUCAUGCACCUUUUUAAUGAAUAUAUUUUCAUAUAUAGUGUUUUUAUGACUGCAUAUAAGCCUUGUAAGAUAAAAAAAGUACUAUAGCAUGAUAUAGACUAGGUCAUGUCUU